AUGGCGAUGUCAACAAGUCUGUUCUAUUCUUUCUUCAAGUCUUUGGUUGGUAAAGAUGUGAUAGUGGAGCUCAAGAAUGACCUCAGUAUCGGUGGUACGCUCCAUUCUGUGGAUCAGUUUCUGAACAUCAAGCUGACAGAUAUAUCAGUGACAGACCAGGAGAGAUAUCCACAUAUGCUUUCCGUGAAGAACUGUUUCAUCCGAGGGUCGGUGGUGCGGUACGUUCAGCUGCCGGCAGACGAGUGCGACACACAGUUAUUACAGGAUGCUGCUAGGAAAGAAGCAACGCAGAGCAAACAGUGACCUUAGCUUCAAGCAAUAUCAUUUGAACGGACAUUGAGAUGUUGAAAGAAACUUUGGGUUAUGAUUCUGAAACUGGAAGAAGUAUGUUCCAUGAUUGUUGGAGGAUUGCUGGAGGAUAUUAAGAUGUUUCCGGUAUGCUUGGACGAUGGCAUCGUCAAGAUGCCUUGAGAUAGAUCAGGUUUCCUGUUUUCACAUCAGCUUGGGAAUGAUCUUGAUGGAAUCAUCUCGCAACAGGAUCGUUCUUUUAAUUUUGUAUUUGCUUCUGAAUUUUAAUAUAAAGGUGUUGCAGAAAAAGGAGUGUUUAAAUGCAACACGCCCCUGCCCUUCUGAAUUUUUUGUACAUGACACAAGCCAACUGAAGGUACAAAUACUCAUCAUGUUCUAUUUCAGUUAUUGUUAUUGUUUGAAAUAUAAUGGUUCAUUCCUGGAGUGCAAUUGAUCACUUGAGCCAUAAUACUCCCAGGGGGGGGGGGGGGCGUAGACGUAAUGAGCCCUAAUGAGGCCAUAAAAAGUUAAAAGCACUUCAUGUAUUUGCAGUCAUUUUAUGACUCUAAAUUUGGGCAGCACGUGUCUAAAGACAUCUCUUUUUUAUCAUGGACAACCCAAUCACAUGAUCAAAGAAUCAAUCUUGAUUUUCUUUAAAUAAUUUGUAUAUGAAAUCCUAUAAAAAAGGUUUGGAUAAAUAAAAAAAAUGUGAUUUUUUAAUUUGUAUCCAAACAACAAUAAAAACUCCUUUUAUUUUAAAACCACUUCUCAAUCAUGGAAUGAGCUUCAAAUUCUAGGAUAUAACUUUCAUAUUUAGCUUUUUGCUUUGCAAUUACUAAACUUGUUCAAAGUUUUUUUUUGUUGUUGCUGGAAUGACAUUUCCAUGAGUAACAUGAUUUUUAAAAAUAAUUGUUGUUAGAUGUUUGAAGGGAUUUUUAAAAAGAAAAAUAAAAACAUUCCCAAGGAGACCUCAAAGGGUGCUUAGUACAUUUUAUCCUCAGAGAUGAAAUUCAAAUUUUUAGUAAUUUUACAAAGAACUAACUGAUGAAAAAGGUUUGAUUGGUAUUACACGUGAGAUGGUAAUCAAAGUCCAGGUGAAGUCCACCUCAACAAAAAGCUGGGGUUUUUUAUAAAGAGAAAAGUCAACCAAGCUACAUGUUAACUCUGAAAAUUCAUCAAAAUCAGAUGUAAAGUAAGAAAGUGGAAUAACAUUUUAAAAUUUUACUUAAUUUCACAAAAAAGGUAUAUACCCUGGUUGUUAAAUAUACAAAUGAGGAAAACAGAUGACAUCAUCCACUACUAGUAUAUCUUUUGCAUUUUAUUAAAUGAAAUAUGUUAAUUUUCUCAUUGCAAUAUGAAAAAUAUUCCUCCCUGAAUAUGUGGAAUUGCCAUUGAAUUUACCUUUUGUGGUUCAAUCAAGGGGAUCCUUGUCAAAUCUUAAAAACCAAAAUUUUGUAUAAAAAAAUGUAUGAUUAAAAAAAAAAAAGAAACAGCGAGUGAGUGACAUCAUCAACUCCCAUUUCCAUAUCACUGAGUGUUGCAUAAAUGUAUAGAGCUUUGUGAAAAAUAAACAGAAUUUUGAAAUGUCACAAUUUUUACAUCUGAUCAUGAUGAAAUUUUUAGCAUUUUGCUUGUUUGAUUUUCUCUAUUCAAAUGAACCUUUUCAGGGGUGGACUUACAUGUAUUUGACCAUACAUUACCAAAGCCUGAAAGAGGUUUUAAAGGCAAACACUAUAAUUUACAUAAUAGAAAUAGGCUUUAUGUAUUUAUCUGCCUUGAUGAGAAAAUUAUGAAUACUGAUCAAGAAAUGCCAAGUUUUUUGUAACCUUUUCUUGAGACGACCGGUAGAUCCCUCAAAAUGAGUGAAUAAAACUUUUCUCGUAUAUUUUGAGGACAAAAAAAAGCAGCAAAGCUAUUUUGAAUAUUAUUGAGACAUUUAAUGUUAUGGAACAUGUACUAUUAGUAUUAUGCUGUAAAUAAAGUGUAGGUAUUACCAUAUGUGUUUGAAAUAA